AUGUUAUCGCCACGGGCUAAGCUUUAACUAAAACCGACUCUAAGCACUAAUUACAAGAGACUGAUUGUAGCUCUCAGGCUAGUGAGUAAAACUGAAGAUGGACACGUCGAUACACGGGUACCCCCAAGCCACAUCACCACCGCGCCUUCUCACACACCGGACCUCCGAGAGAGAGCACCACAAGGCCACUUCCACUUUCCAUGCUACCCGCUUAAGGUAACCCCUACCUCGCAACCCAACCUCAACCCAACCGGAGCCCAACUCCCAACUCCCAACUCCAACUCUCACCUCACAACACCACAACCCAACCUCCUUCUCAGAGUCAACUCCCUUCCAGCUCACAGUCAUCUCAGCCAACAUCACCAGCACCUCCAGCAAACCACAUCCAGCACACCACCCCCCAAACCACGCCCACCAACAAACCCAGCAAGCACCAUGACCAACAACACGACACCCACCCCCAACAAUCCACCCCCCAACCCCACCCGCCAAAAGAACGCCACAACCAACCUCCACCGCCUCUACAGCGACCUCACCCUCCUACACACUAUCGCCGCGCCCACCAUCGUCCUGCACCCGGCCGACCGCAACCUGACCAACCCCCUACGCGCCCCACUGGUCGGGAUUACCGCGGCCCAGCGGCACGAGGAAGAGCUGGUGGCGGCGGCGGGGGGCAGGUUGGUGAUGCAGGUGGAGAGUGUGGUGGUGGAUGCGGGGGGUGUGUUUGGGUGCGUGAUGGGGUUUUUGAAAGGGGGGGGUGAGGUGUCUUUGUCUUCCCCUUCGGGAUCGGGGUUGGGUGAGGGAUCGGGGUCGGGUGCGGGUGCGGGUGAGGUUGGGGCUGGGAUGAGUCGGUAUGGUGAUGGUUCGGGUUCGGGUUCUGGUCCUGGGGGUGGUGUUGCUGCUUCGUUUGCUAUUGCGGCCGCGGCUGCCACGGCUACUAUGGCUAGCAUGGCUGCUGCGGCUGCCGCCGAGGCUGCCGAGGUUGCUUCUGGCGCUGCGAAGGCUGCUGCUGAUUCUGCUGCUGCGACUGCGGCGACGGCUUUUGCUACUACUGCUGCUGGUUCGGCGGCUGCUGCGGCUACUACUGGCACGGCUGUUUCUACUAGUGUUUCUGCUGAUACGGCUGCUUCUGCGGCUGCUCUUGCUGCUACUUCUGCUAAGGCUGCAGCUGCUACUGCAGCUGCUGUUGAGGCUGUUGUUGCUGGUACUGCUUCUAAGGAGGGGGAGAGGGAGAAGGAGGGGGGGAGGGAGAAGGAGGGGAACGAGGGGAAGAAGGAGGGAGAUAAGGAGGAGGGAGAGAAGAAAGAGGGGACUGACAAGGAGGAGGAGGAGAAGGGUGGUGAGAAGGGCAAAGGGAGCGGGGAGGAAGAUGGAAAUGGGAAACAGAAGGGCGGGAUCGAGAUGCCGUUUUGUGGGCUGUGGAGGUUUGAUGAGACGGGGAAGGCCGUCGAGCACUGGGAGAAUGCUGCUGACCCGGCGGCGCUGGGGCGGUGGUUGAGGGGUGAGUAGAUUGGCGAAUGAGUAGCAGAGGACUCAGAAGUUCUCGGAACGUGCGUCCGUCAGAAUCAGCUAUAUGGGUGAAUUGGGAUGAGUUGAGAAUCAACGCUGCUAGCCCUCACUCAUUGACA